AUGGAUAGAGGCUCCAUGGAGCCGCUCGCCUAUGACAACCGUGCACCGUCCACGGGCAGACAGGGCACCAUACCAGGUGGGCAAAAGGAGGUGUCCGGCUACCUCAUGAACAUGGUAAACAACAAGACAUGGCCACAAUGGAUACAGUGUGGGAUGGGCGGACUCGAGGAGGAAUGUCUUGGGUGCCCGGUACAGGCGGAUAGCUCUAAGCGCCGUAGUGCCAAUGGGUGGUGUUGCAGCGUGUUUGGAGACGUGCAACAUGGAAAUAACAGGACAACGCAGCCAUGGUGCACUUGGCAGACAGGACAGCGAGGGCAGUGUCAGGCUGCCCCUUGCAAAGGUCGAGCAGAGAAUUAA